UCGAAGGGAUGCGAGAAAGUGGAAAUCUGAGGAACGUUUAAAGAGUCUUGAUCCUAUUGCAAAUCCUUACGUUAAUAAUAUUACUAUUGCUAUUAUUGACUUUCUCGGUUCGUUACCUCAUCUCCUGCGAUAGAACGUGAUGGUUUUCUGAGACGACCUAACAUUAAAAGCACUCUGAUCUAGGGUUUGUUAUUUGACUUCAAUUUAAUUUAAUCUCUCCUUUUUUUUACCUCCUCCUUUUACCCUCAUCCCCUGCACUACUGUCCUGUCGUUUUCUGACCCUCAUCAACACCCGUGGGGAGUAAGAAUCUUUGAGUUCCCAAGAGUUUUCCGGAGCUCGACUUGAGCUCGUCGGGAUUUCCUUUCCUUCACUGAAGACAAAGCUUGCUGCUUUGACGGUCCCUGAUUCAUUGAGUAGGCGGGUUCGUAGCUGUCGUUAACGUGGUUGAGGAGCGUGAUUGGCAGCGAAGCUGGUGAUGGGGAAGGUGGCAGUGGGAGCAACAAUUGUUUGUGCUGCGGCGGUUUGUGCGGCGGCGGCGCUUCUGGUGCGCCACCGCAUGAAGAGCUCGGGGAAGUGGUCUCGUGCCAUAGCUAUACUGAAAGAGUUCGAGGAGAAGUGUGGGACCCCAAUUGGCAAGCUUAAGCACGUUGCUGAAGCCAUGGACGUUGAGAUGCACGCGGGUCUCGCAUCUGAAGGUGGGAGCAAGCUCAAGAUGUUAAUCAGCUAUGUUGACAAUCUCCCGUCUGGGGAUGAGAAAGGAAUCUUCUAUGCUUUGGAUCUUGGUGGGACGAAUUUUCGUGUUCUUCGUGUACAGUUGGGCGGAAAAGAAAAAGGUGUUGCCCACCAAGGGAUGGAAGAAGUUUCAAUUCCUCCUCAUUUGAUGACUGGCUCUUCAGAGGCAUUGUUUGAUUUUAUAGCGGGAGCUCUGGCAAAAUUCAUUGAUUCAGAACCUGAAGCUUUUCAUCCGCCCCCAGGCAGACAAAGAGAACUGGGAUUUACAUUCUCAUUCCCAGUUAGGCAAACAUCAAUUGCAUCUGGGACUCUAAUUAGGUGGACCAAGGGAUUCAAUAUUGAAGAUGCGGUUGGAGAAGACGUGGUGAGAGAAUUAACCAAGUCUAUGGAAAAAAUUGGCAUUGACAUGCGGGUCUCAGCUCUAGUUAAUGAUACCAUUGGAACUUUAGCUGGAGGCAGAUUCCACAACCCAGAUGUUGUUGCUUCUGUGAUUCUUGGUACUGGAACAAAUGCUGCAUAUGUAGAGCGUGCACAAGCUAUUCCAAAGUGGCAUGGUCCUCUGCCAAAAUCAGGGGAGAUGGUUAUCAACAUGGAGUGGGGUAGUUUCCGGUCCUCACAUCUUCCUCUGACAGAAUAUGAUCACGCUCUAGACGCAGAGAGCCUAAACCCUGGAGAACAGAUAUUCGAAAAGAUCAUUUCUGGCAUGUAUUUGGGGGAGAUUGUACGGAGAGUAUUGUUGAAGAUGGCUGAAGAAGCUGACUUCUUUGGAGAUACUGUGCCUCCAAAGUUAAAAAAACCAUUCAUACUUAGGACACCUGACAUGUCUACCAUGCAUCAUGAUACCUCUCCAGAUCUGAAAGUGGUUGGAAACAAAUUGAGGGACGUAUGUGAGGUUUCUAAUACAUCCCUCGAGACAAGGAAGAUUGUUCUCAAAGUCUGUGACAUUGUGGCCAAUCGUGGUGCCCGCCUUUCUGCUGCGGGCAUUCUAGGCAUCCUCAAGAAAACAGGAAGGGACACAGUCAAGGUCGGGGAGAAGCAGAAAACAGUGAUAGCAUUGGAUGGAGGAUUGUUCGAACACUACACUAAGUUCAGAAGUAGCUUGGAGAGUACGAUGAAGGAGUUGCUGGGAGAUGAGGUAGCUGAGACCAUUGUCAUUGAGCAUUCUAAUGAUGGUUCUGGCAUUGGAGCAGCACUGCUCGCAGCUUCUCAUUCCCAGUACCUGGGAGUUGACGAGUCCUGAAAACUUGAUGAUUAAUGACUACGUCAAGAUGUGUAAUAUGUUCAUUUUUUUUUAAGCAUAAAUCAAUAGUGUCAAGGGCUUUUAACCAUGGGAUUAUGCCGGAGUCCUCUCGGAAAGUUUAACGAAGGACUCAGUUCAUUCUUACUGCAACUUGUAGUGCCGGCUAUAUUUUUGGUUGCAGGAAUAAACAUGGCAAAUGUAAACUAAACUUGAAGAGUUAUCUGGAGUGUAAUCUGUUUCCGUUCCGCGCGAGAAUAAAUCAGGACAAGAUGAACCAUUCAAGAGUUAAUAUCAAUGGAGAGUUUUGUGAUUUGUGGGC